CUGCCUUAAAAACUUAGCCAGUCAAACUAGGUACCUUCCCAAUUUCCGUAAAUGUAACGUUAAUUAGAAUUUGUGAGAAUUCAAAACCCAUUUUUUAGUAUCCAAUCUUGACUCCGUCGACACAAAUUUAUCCCCAAAAUAAAGGAAAAAAAAAUGUCCACAGAAAAAGAUGGCAUAUAUCUUUAAACAGGGAGAUUGUUAUAUGAUAAAUGAUAGGGAGUAUCACGCAGUAUGUACAGAAGUCGCAAACUGAAGAAGUAUGGAAAAAAGGCUAUCAGAAGCAGCAGCAGAGGGAAAUGUGGAAUCCUUGCUUCAACUUCUCCGGGAAGAUCCGCUAAUUCUAGACAAGACUAUUGUUUCCUGCGUAUCAGAGACUCCCUUGCACACCGCAUCAAUCUUAGGCCACGUCAAUUUUGUCAAACAACUGCUGAGCUCGAAGCCCGAGUUAGCAUCCGAGUUGGAUUCCUCCUGCUGCUCUCCCCUGCACUUGGCAGCAGCAAAAGGGCAUGUUGAGGUCGUCAAGGAGCUCCUCAAAGCAGAUUCCCAGGUGGGUUCGGUGAGGAAUUUGGAGGGGAGGACUGCUCUGCAUGUUGCUGUGGCUAAAGGGAGAGUUACGGUAGUGGCUGAGUUGGUCCGAGUUAAGCCCGAGUUGACCCGAGUGUUGACUGACCGCGGGGAGACGGUAUUGCACCUUUGUGUCAAGUACUUUAGGUUGGAGGUGUUGAAGUUGCUGGCUACUGAGUCUGUUAAGAAAGAUAGCGAAUUGGUUAAUUGGAGGGAUUCUGAUGGGAACACCAUCUUGCAUACUGCUGUCACCAAAAAGCAAUUUGAGAUUGUAAAUCUUUUGCUCACUAUGUAUCCUGCUGAAGUAAAUGCAUUAAAUAAAUAUGGUAUCACAGCUUUGGAUGUUCUAAAUCAAAGCCCAAGAGACUUGAGAGAUAUGGAUAUUGAAAAUUCACUGAGAAAAGCUGGAGCAUUAGGUGCAAAGGAUUUGCUUUUGAUCACAGAUGAUGGGCUUCAAGAUACGCUUCCUCAGAUUGCAAAAAAAUUGUCCUCCAAGCCAAGCAGUAGUGCACAGAAACCAUCUCCAAAACACAAACACACGGAUUGGCUCGGUCGAAAGAGAAGUGCGUUGAUGGUGGUGGCAUCUUUGCUUGCAACCACAGCGUUUCAAGCAUGCCUAACGCCACCAGGCGGAGUUUGGCAGGAUGAUUAUAUAUCCGAUGACAAGGGCAAUCCUGUUCUGGAAUCUCACAUUGCCGGGACAUCGGUGAUGGCUUAUAAGGCAGCCAAAGAUUAUGGCAUAUUUAUGAUCUUCAACACGGUUGCUUUCCUUUCAUCUCUGAGUAUAAUCCUCCUUCUUGUUAGCGGUUUACCUCUCAGAAGAAGGCGAUAUAUGUGGUUUCAGAUGAUCACCGUGUGGAUUGCGAUCACAGCUCAAGUUGGGACUUAUUUUAUCACUCUGAGGAAUAUGUCACCUAAAUCUACGCGUGUUCAGAGAAUGUUGAAAGAAGUUACUGAGAUAUCUGUUUUGACAUGGUUGUCACUCAUGGGUGUUGUUUUUCUUGGGAAUGUAGCCCGGAUGAAUUUGUGGAUUCUCAGAAAAUAUGGCUACAUCAAGGAGAAGGAAAGAGCAUCUUUGGCUGAGGAGGAUGAUGAAGAAUUACUAUGAUGUAAUGAACUCUUGAUCAUACCUCUUAUCUUGCUUGCUAUACUACCACCAGUAAUUUUUUGGCUCGAAUAUACCGAUUCAAGAUUGGAGCAACUAGAUCAUAUUACUGUGUCUAUACAGUAGCGUGUAGAGAAUAUGGAUUAAGAUCAUCAAUUUUGUAAGCAUGAUACCAGUAAUUAAUUUCUUGGAUAUGUUGAGAAUCUGGUGUUUGGCAAAGACUCUAGGGAACAACAACCGGAGAAAAUGCCCGCCUGCUCCCUGAGCCUUGUUUUGUUACCUGAAAUAGUUAAUUCACAGCCCGCCUAAACUGGGAUGUUGUCA